AUGUUCUUUCUCCUAGGACUACAGGAACUUGAAUCGGAGACUACGGUCGUUCCGAGUAUGAAGGCGGGAGUAUCCGGCAUGCCUGUACGCGUUGCAGCGUUUAGCAUCUUCGGUAGAUACCUGGCAGCUGUAACACAUCACCUCCACAGCCGUCCGUUUCAUCCCUUGAUUCCCCUCCCCUUAGAGAUCAGCGAAUGGAGCAGAGGUCAUGCAUACUGGGUGAGAGCCCUUGCUAUGUUGUAG